AUGAGGUUCGCCGCGACGACGGUUGUUGCCUUGCUGGCACUCUUCCACUCCGCCGACACCGCCAACAUUCGAUCCCAGCGUGCGACCUAUGGCUCUACGAGUACCGACCGAGACACUGGCGAUCGCCGACUCUUCCCCUACUUAACGCGACUGCGCGAUAAUGUCAUCGAGCGUGUGUUCGGCCAGCAUCCAACCAAGGACAGCAGUCAGUCCUCUCCCAUCGGAAGCAUCUCUCGCCAGUAUGCGAACCAGGUAGUCUUGCGAUUCAACAUCACGUCACCGAGCGAGGAGGCCGCACUCUCAAAAGCCACAGAUCGCCUGUUCCUCGAUGUCUGGGCAUUCAACCACGACUUUGUCGACAUUCGUCUGCAUUCCGACGAAGUCGCUCCCCUUAUUAGCCUGCUUCCUCGCUCCCUUCAAUUGUCAUACUCCACUUUGGUAACCGACCUCGCCGCGGCAGUUUAUGAAUCAGUACCCUCUCGCAACAGUGAGAGAUCUAUCACGUUGGAAGGCGUCCACGCAGACUUGUCCGUGCGACCAGGAGCAGGCGACAAUGUCUUCUUCCAAGACUACCGGUCUCUAUCGGUCAUCAUCCGAUGGAUGCAGCUGCUAGAAGUCAUGUUCCCGGCAUUUGUGGAAUAUACCAAAAUCGGCCAGUCUUGGGAAGGGAGAGAUAUCCCUGCCCUCCGAGUCGGUGUUUCCGGCCAGUCAGGCAAUUCAUCACCCCGCAAGACAAUUGUGAUUACAGGAGGUCUUCACGGCCGUGAGUGGAUAUCGACGAGCACCGUCAACUACCUUGCCUGGUCCUUUAUCACGUCAUUUGGCAAGGAGCCCAUGAUCACCAAAUUGCUCGUUGAAUUCGACAUUGUUUUUAUCCCCGUAGUCAACCCAGAUGGUUUCGAAUACACGUGGAACGUUGAUCGUCUUUGGCGAAAGUCGAGGCAGCAGACUGGACUGCGGUACUGCCGAGGCAUGGAUCUGGACCACGCCUUUGGGUACGAAUGGGAUAGUGCUCGACACCAAACUGACCCUUGCUCGGAGAGCUAUGGGGGCGAACAGCCCUUCCAGGCUGUCGAAGCUGAGAAACUGGCAGACUGGGCCAGAAACCAAACUCUCCACAACGUCAAUUUUGUUAGUUUUAUUGACCUGCACUCCUACUCCCAGCAGGUUCUCUUCCCCUACGCCUACAGUUGCGCUAUCGAGCCUCCAAAUAUUGAGAACCUUACCGAACUUGCUGCUGGAAUUGCCAAGUCGAUUCGACUUGCAAGUGGAGAGUCGUACUCAGUCGCUUCUGCCUGCGAAGGGGCAGUCUCAGACGAAAAGGACGGCAAGACAGACUUUGAGCAGCGGAUAGAGUCCGGUGGGGGCUCUGCUAUUGACUGGUUCUAUCAUGAGAUGAAGGCGCAUUUCAGCUACCAGAUCAAGCUGCGAGAUACCGGCAGCUACGGCUUUCUAUUGCCAAGGGAGCACAUUGUGCCAACUGGUGAGGAGAUUUUCAGCGCGAUGAAGUACUUUGGCGAUUAUCUUCUCGGCAACAAUGGGAUUGAAAAAUUACUCAACAAGGAGAACGGGAAUGGAGACGAUGCUGCCAAUGAGGCAUCUAAUAUGGAGUUAAGGCGCCGCAAUUUCCGAAGAUGA